AGCCAUUUUCUGUAAAAUCAUUUUGUAUGGGAAGAGUACGGCGAAGAGAGUGGAAUUUUAUAAAGUAACUGACUACAAAAAAGUGUUACUGAGAAAGUGGUGAUUAAAAGAGAAAUGCCUAAAAGACUUUCAAGUUUUCAGAAACUUUACUAUUGAGGAAAUCGUGUAAAACCAAGUUUUGAAAUUGGUUUCCGAAGGGAUCCUAGUCGAUCCUACAUAUUGUAGAGUAUAGAUUUGGGUUUUAUAAACCCUAUUUUUGUUACUGAAAUCCUAUUUAUAUAAACUCCCAAAAUAAUGAUAACAGAUAGAAUUAAUAUGAACCAUUUGACAUUAAAUAAACUUAGCUUAGAUGCAAAAAUGGACAGCAAGGUAGAUUCAAAAUUGGAUGAUUUAGGGUGGAAAUCAAAAUUAAAAAUCCCUCCAAAAGAUAGGAGAAUUCAGACAAGUGAUGUAACGGACACAAAAGGAAACGAAUUCGAAGAGUUCUGCCUGAACAGACAACUUCUAAUGGGUAUUUUCGAAAAAGGUUGGGAAAAACCAUCGCCAAUUCAAGAAGCUGCUAUACCUAUCGCCCUUUCUGGCAAGGAUAUUCUUGCUAGAGCAAAAAAUGGAACUGGUAAAACUGGGGCAUAUUCAAUACCAGUUUUAGAAUUAAUUGAUCCAACAAAGGACUAUAUUCAGGCUUUGGUUAUAGUACCCACGAGGGAGUUGGCACUACAGACUUCACAAAUUUGUAUCGAACUUGCUAAACAUUUACAGAUACGUAUUAUGGUCACGACGGGAGGUACAAAUCUACGAGACGAUAUUAUGAGAAUCUAUCAGAAGGUACAGGUUAUAAUUGCUACGCCAGGACGUAUAUUGGAUCUCAUGGAAAAAGAAGUAGCACAGAUGUCCAACUGUAAAAUCUUAGUAUUAGACGAGGCGGACAAGCUUCUGUCGCAGGACUUUAAAGGAAUGUUGGACACCGUUAUCAAGAACUUGCCAAGAGAAAGGCAAAUACUUCUCUUUUCUGCCACUUUCCCCCUAACGGUGGAACAGUUUAUGAAGAAACAUUUACACGAGCCUUACGAGAUUAACUUGAUGGAAGAACUGACAUUGAAAGGUGUCACUCAGUAUUACGCCUUUGUACAGGAGAGGCAAAAAGUUCAUUGCCUAAACACUCUGUUUUCUAAGUUACAAAUAAACCAAAGUAUUAUAUUUUGUAAUUCAACUCAACGAGUCGAACUGCUGGCGAAAAAAAUCACGGAGUUGGGUUAUUGUUGCUAUUACAUUCACGCAAAAAUGGCUCAAGCCCACCGUAACAGAGUAUUCCACGACUUCAGAGCUGGUCUUUGUCGUAAUUUGGUGUGUUCAGAUUUAUUCACAAGAGGUAUCGACGUCCAAGCCGUAAACGUAGUGAUAAACUUCGACUUCCCGAAAAUGGCCGAGACUUACCUGCAUCGUAUCGGCAGGUCCGGACGUUUCGGCCAUUUGGGUAUCGCCAUCAACCUGAUCACAUACGACGACAGGUUCGCUUUGCACCGCAUCGAGCAGGAAUUAGGCACGGAGAUCAAGCCCAUCCCGAAAAUCAUCGAUCCCAAGCUGUACGUGGCGAAAAUGAGCAUCGACGACGAUAUAGAAGAAAACUCGAAGUAACGCGUGAAAUGCCGCCGCGAGUUUUCCUCCCACUUGUAAAUAUGUACAAGAAAAAAACAUUACGUUUUAUUUUCCAUAUAUACAGAAAACAAAAAAAGAUUUUUUUUCGGGAAUAUUUUAGGAAAAGUGAACUCUGACUCUCGUAUUAUUCGUCAUUACGUGUUAUAGUCGGCAACUUGUACUUCGAGAGAUAAAUUCGACACUUUUGGACGUUUUUUUGUGUGAUCAAGGCAGCUGUGUACGGUCAAGGACUGCCAUUCGACUGGCCCUUUUAAUCGAUACAAGUAGUCUGUGAUAAAUUCUUCAUGAAACUCAUUUUUCAUACUGUUAUAGUAUUAUUUAAAAAUUCAACGAUCAAUAAUUAUCGGUAGAUGCUGAUCGUACCGUGUUUUAAACUUGCAUUCUUGUUACCCAAUGCAAGUUCUAAACCUGCCUGGAUCUCGGGAACGUUUAAAAUUGUCGAUUUUUUGUUAUUUUUCUUAUCGAGAGUUUCCAAAUUAAUUUUAACACCAGAAUCUCCGUUAGUUUGGAAAUUAUCGAUAGAAUAAGUGCAAGAUGGAUAAAAAUCUCGCAUUGUUAUAAAAUGUGAAUAGACUUAAUGAAGUGAUCAAAUUGGAGCGCCAAAGGACUCCCUAUGAAAGUGUGAUAUACGACUGAAAAUAUAAAUCGAUUUUUUUUCGAAUUGGAGGAGUUAUGACAUUUUAUAAGCUCAAUUAAAUUAAUUCUUUUUAAAUAAGGAGAUUCUUGCCAAAGUCCUAAACUUACAUUGGUAGGACAGUUAUUGUUGUCAACAUUUUUUCGGGGUUUUCAAAAUUUUUCAACGUCUUUAGACAACAAUUUACAGAUUAUGCUUAUACGCAUCAAAUACUUCCAAAUUUUAAAUGAACUUGCAUUUACAUAUCGAAGUUUAAUGAAUAUUUAUUUAUUUAUUUUUGUUCUUUUUUUAUUGUUUGUUUUUUGGGGGGGACUGUCGUUUUAGUCGGUCUAAAAAUGCCAAAUUUCAUUUUAUUGUCUGGUACAUCUUUGUAAAGUGGGUAACAAUUUUUGGCCGGCUAAGCGAUUAAAAUCAAAUAUUUUGUUAUAAAAAAAAUUAAAAAAGAAGGGUUCUGCAUUUUAUACUCUAACCAUUGUGCAAUAACUAUUAUAUUUAAGUAUAUUACUUUAUAUUGCUAUAGGUAUCAGUGAUAUUGUUUGAAAUAUUGUUUUUCAAUUUGGUCUUAAGCCAACAUUAUUGUUUAUAAAAUUAAUAAAUCCGAACAGAACUCUUCACCAA